AUGGCCCAUCUGGUUGUCGUUGUCGGCGCCACUGGAACCCAAGGAGGCUCCGUGGUGAACACCCUGCUGAAGGACUCUAGCUAUCGCGUCCGCGCUAUCACCCGCAACCCAGAUGGUGAUGCCGGAAAAGCCCUCAAAGCCAAGGGCGCCGAAGUAGUGGGCGCCGAUCUUAACGAUGAAGAGAGUCUGGUCGACGCCUUUGGAGGCGCCUACGCCAUCUUUGCCGUGACCAAUUUCUUCGAACCAGCUAUGAGUGUUGGUGUCGAGCAGGCAAGAAAGAUCGAAUAUCAGCAGGCCAUCAAUAUGGUCCAUGCAGCGAAGAGAACGCCCACUUUACAGCAUUACCUUUGGAGCACACUGCCCAACAGCAAUGCGCUGUCGAAGGGCAAGUUCAACGUUCAUUUCUUCGACGUCAAGUCCUCCGUCGACGACUACAUUCGCCAGGACAAGGAGUUCUUGGCUAAAACAACCUUCUUAUACUUCUCGUUCUUCUCGAAGAAUAUGUCGUAUCCAGUGUACAUCCCAAUGUACCUGAAACCUGCCAACAAGCACGUCCAGCUUCUUCCUCUGGAUGGCUCCACGCCUCUCCAAUCCAUCGGCGACGCGAGCGUCAACGCAGGUGUCUUCGUCCGUUCCGUUCUGAACAACAAGCCCGACGCCGGCACCUACGUACUCUGCGUCGUUGAGGACUUCACCUUCCAAUCGUACCUAGAGCUGUGGGGCGAAGCCACCGGUCUUGCGAAAGGGAAAGGCUCGACCGCCGUGGUGACAAUCUCAUAUGAUGAUUACCGCUUGCUGUGGCCUGGUUUUGGUGACCUGAUGGGAGAAAUGAAUGCAUUCUGGCACUUUGCCCGCGAUCGCAGCUGGGAGACUCCGCUUGGAGCUAAGCCCGUUGACGCGCGAGAUAUUAUGUCUGCUGAGGAUAAGAAAGCGCUUCAGUCGACUGCGAUUGCCUUUCAACUGGCGGCGGCCGAGUUCAAGGAAUCUAUUCAUCAGUGA